CCCCUAACCGGAAACCGGAAGCGCUUGGUGGCUGGAGGACCCCUUGGCUUUCCGGCCGCCUCCCUGUCCCGUCCUGGCCGAUACUGAUGAAAAAUCCUCUGAGUCAAGACUGUGAGAUGUUUCAGUUGAAUCGGAUAUAGAAGAGCCAACAGUGGACAAUAACAGAGAAGUUCAUGAGCCCCCCUAAGGAUGGAGACAUUCAAAGACAAGAGUGUAGAUGAUCUGCAGAAACUACAGGAGGAUUUGGAAGAGAUUGAGCGUUUGGCACUGGAGUCUAAUGAGGUCCAGAAUUUACAGCUGGAAAGAGAGAUGGCUCUGGCCACAAAUCGUAGCUUGGCAGAGCAGAACCUGACGUUCCAGGAACCCUUAGAAACAGGACGUGCAAACCUCUCUGAUAAGUAUCAGGAUCUGCAAAAGCUGGUGGAGCGAUGUCAGGAGCAGAAGGCAAAACUGGAGAAAUUCUCUGCUGCAAUGCAGCCUGGCAUCCUGUUAAAUCUGCUGCAGGCUGAAGGACAGAAAAUUGAAGAAGAAUCUGAGGUGAUGGCUGAAAAAUUCCUGGAGGGCGAAGCGCCUCUGGAGAUAUUCCUUGAGCAGUUUUCCUCAAUGAGGAAGUUGUCCCACAUACGGCGGGUGAAAGUGGAAAAGCUUCAGGAGGUGCUAAGGAAGUCUCGGCCUUCACAAGAGCCAAGCAAGGGCUCAGAAUUCAACCAUCAGCCUCCUUCUCACAUACCAUCUGGGCAGCCACAGAAUGGCCCAUCUGGAGGACCACCCUUCCCUUUACCUUACAGUCUAGCCCCUAGCAUGCCUACCGGCCCUUUAGUUCAUGGAGAUCUCCAGCCAGCUCCUUUUGCGGGGGCACCUGUCAUAGCAGGCCAUGCAGGUUCUGGAUACCCAUCAGUCUCUUCUGGCAGUUCAGUACCCCAGUCUCAGGCAGGAGAUUCAUCCUCCUCUCUGGCAAACGCUUGGUCUCCAUCCAGAGCACCUCCUCCUGGGCCUGGUUACCCACAACCUCCUUUUAGGGCUCCAUCAACAGUGCCAGGAUUUCCUCAGCCUCUUCAGCCUCCCUAUUUCUCAUCUGUGGGGAAUUCACAGUGCCCAUAUCCUACCCAGCCUUCGGUGCAUAGCUUCCCUGUCCCCUCACAACCGCCAUAUCCCAUGAACCCAAACUCUUUCUUUGGGCAUCCAUCACCACCUGUACCACCUCGAGGUCCUUGGUCAGGAUACUAGUCAGGGACGCUAGGCAGUGUUCUUAGUGGUUCUCUUCUACAGCAUUACCUGGGAAAUUGAUUCUUGCUAGCUAUUGAGGCCUGAGAUGAAACUUGGGGGUGUUAUCCUGAAAGACUUCUUUGUGUAAGCAUUAUUACUGGUGUCAUAUGUGAAUCGAUUCUGUAAGACCUAAAGGAAUGCUGCCGUGGAAAGAUUCAGAUUACGAGUAGCAGUAUGUAUUGACUGUAGACAGCCACUUGUGGCCUGUCCUGUCCUGACCUGUGAAUUGGUCCAAGCCACAGUAAAACUGAGGUUCAGACUCAUUGCUGAUAUGAACUGACAUUGUUCCAAUUAAGCCCUCUGAGACAGUAUUACUUAUAUUACUUAGUGACAGUAAUAUAGAUCCAGCCCUGUGCGUUUGUAUGUGCACAUGCACGCACAUACGUAUGUGUGUAGCUUUCUACUCUAGUGUGUUAUGUAUAAAUAGAAUUCUUCACACUUCUAUUGCACAGAACUUAUAGGAGUGACAGAGGGAAACUUCUUUCAACUAUCUCUAAUGUAAAACAUGCUUGCCCAGGGAAGGAAGGAAUAUGUAUAUGCAGUGGCACUAAGAAUUACUGGAAAAGUAGAUGGAGGGAACAUUGUAGCCCCUGACAUGCCUCAGAAGUAGAACAGAGACACCAACUGCUCUCGGGUGCAGUCUUGUGUCCACUCAGUUUUCCAUGCUGAUGUACCUGCAGAGCACAGCAUGUUUCUCUUGUCAGUGUAUUUUCACUCUUCUAGGUUUCCACGUGUGUAACCCUUCCUUUCUGAACAGAUGCACAGAGGGUGCAGGAUGGCUGUGUUAGGUGUAUGGUGUAUGUUAGCUAGGGGCAAGUGAUGUCUGUCAAAGACAGCACCGGAGAGCUGGUUUAUCGACACGUCGGGGCAAAAUGCCAGUGUCCCUGUUUUCAUGGGUGAGUGUGUGAUGUGCUGCACUGGAGCCUUGAGACUUCUGUGGCUGAAGUUUUCCUGCUCCUCUUCCCCAAUGACCUACUACUAGGGUAGCAGGAAGAGGUUCGAUGAUAAAGCUUCCUCCCGCCGUCCUUGGUCGUUGCCCCAUUUCCCACAGUGGAUGGGAAGAAACACUGGCUGCCAAUCAAGAGCACACAGGGAUCCUAUUGGAAGGAGUUGGCUUUGCUAAGCACUUUAUUCUCUUGCUUGCCUUUAAUGUAUUUAUAAAAAAGAGACUACUAAUAGAUUAGACAGAUUGAAUGCUUUUGGAAAUUGAUGAAAGUAAUUCUAUACUUGUGAUGAAUUAUGAUAAUAAAACUUAAUGAAUUGCACACAAUUAUUGCCAUGACUUUGGAAAAUCAAGCAGUGACAUGUUGGGGUUUGUUAUUGAUUUCUUGCUUACUGAACAUCCUCUCUCUGACCUCAUUGUCAGUAAAGCCCUUCACCCUUCCUCUCAUGCAGCCGUGGGCUCUUUGUAUGAUUUCAUCCUUCCUCUUCUUUGUAGUCUGCUUAAGAGAUUCAUUUGUGCAGCUUUCUUCCCCAUGGAACAAAAAAUGUUUCCCUUCUCAGCUUUGUUCAAACCAGGUUUUCUCUAGUCUUUGUACUGUG